AUGAAUGCCUUUCAACCGCCGCCGCAGAUGCCGGCUUUCUCCGGAGGAUUCAGUUACGGAGUCGGAGUCUCUAUCGGAGUGAUUCUCCUCAUCACAACCAUCACACUCACAUCUUACUUCUGCACACGUAACCAGAGCUCUUCAUCACCUUCACAAACCAAUCAAGAUGUGACUCGUGUACAUCACCACCACCAUCAUGUCAUCAUCGACGCUGUCCAAGGUCUCGACGAGGACACUAUUCAAAGCUACUCGAAGAUCCUAUACUCGGAAGUGAAGGGAAACUCCAUGUCUUCAUGUUGUCACAUUUGCUUAGGAGACUUCAAAGGGAAUCAUAUGCUGCGGCAACUGCCAGAUUGUAACCACCUAUUCCACCUCAAAUGUGUCGACACGUGGCUUAGACUCAAUCCUACUUGUCCUGUCUGUCGAACUUCGCCGCUUCCUAGUUCCCUCCCUACUCCCCACGUCGAGGUUGUAUCCUUAGCAUGUUCCCUCGCCACUAUCAGGAUGUCCUGAUUAAUUGUUUAAUAGACCUAGAGAAUCCUGAACCGAAGUCAAUAAUAGUGUUCAUGGUAUUUAUCUACUUCAGUUCCUUAUAAAGCUUUCAUUUUCGGUCACUAACUGAUGAUUGUAUAUAUUAGUCGAAAUCUGUAAAGGAAGAAGUUAAGGGUAAAUUUCACAAUAAGUGUUAUGACUUUUGCUUUUGUAAACAAGUUGAAUUAUACAUGAAGGAAUUU